AUGAAUGAAUUCCCGGUCGAAGCAUUGCCCCUAUUGCUGAAGCUGAAUAUCUUCGUGCUACUCUCUACAAAUGAGAAAGUGCUGAUCAGGGGGAUCAAUUCAGGCACAAAAGAUUUGGUGAAUAAAGUGGGUCUGUUGCCGCGAAAAAUCGAUCAAGCACACCUCAGCGGCACGCAAAAUCAGGUGAAAAUCAGACUCUGGAACAGUCGCGAUGGACAUUUCGCGAUCUCCUUCAGUAGGAAUACAGAUGGAACAGAAGAGGAAAUCAAAAUCACCCACUCGCAACUGUUUGGUGGAAACAAGAAUUUUCUGAUCACUGAAGACUUUGACGAGAGAUUUGUGAUCUUUCAAUUGACAAAAACGAUUCGACCCCGUUUACUCCGAGUGCAUACCUUCGCAAUUGAAAACCCCUAUGAUGUUUUUGGGAUCGUUGGUGUUUUGAAA